ACAAACUUCCACUGUUCAUGUUGUGAUAUGUUUAAAGGAGAGUAUUGUCAUACGUUUGAUUCCUGUUUAAGCAGACCAUGUCAAAAUGGUGGUCAAUGUGAACACAAGAAGAAUUCAUUAAGUGACUUUAACUGUAAUUGUAGAUUAGGUUAUCACGAUAGUCUCUGUACAGAGAGGGUAUCAAAUCUCUGCUCGUUAGAUUUAUGUCAGAACAAUGGUAGUUGUACUGGUAAUCAGACACAUUUCCAAUGUGAAUGUCGUCCAGGUUUCUCUGGUUCCCAUUGUGAAGUUGAUAUCAAUGAAUGUGAGUCCAACCCAUGUCAACAUGGUGUAUGUGUGGACAGGGUUGGAGGUUUCCAGUGUUACUGUACACCAGGAUACCAUGGAACCAAAUGUAAUGAAAUGUAUAACCUGUGUAAAACCUCGCCAUGUCAGAAUGAAGGUGUUUGUAUUCAGGAGGUAGAUGACUAUAGAUGUCAAUGUCAUCCGGGACACAAAGGACGUCAUUGUACAGAUAAGGUUGAUCUAUGUUCACCAAAUCCAUGUUUUAACCACAGUAAAUGUAGCUAUGAUUAUAAUGCUACCUGCCAUUGCCCUCCUGGAUUUAAAGGAACUAGAUGUGAGGUUAAUGUAAAUGAAUGUGAAUCCAGUCCCUGUUUAAAUGGUGGAACCUGUAAAGAUUUUAUCAAUGGUUUUAAAUGUUCCUGUCACGAAUUACACGCUGGUCCUAAUUGUGAAUAUACCAGUAAGUUCGUACGUAAAGGUAAUGAUUUAGAAGGAACCAACCAUAGUUACCAUGUAGAAAAUCUGUAUAUAGUAGCAGGAACAUUGUCUGGUGCCAUUCUUAUAGUAAUAAUUGUACUCACCACAUGCUACUGUCGAAUGCACGAAACGUAUAAACAUUGUGGACUCAAGCGGCUACAAUAUAGCCGUCAAAAAGAGUAA